CAGUUCAGUGCGGUACCGAGCGCAGCGCGGCAGGGACGUUUUCUACGCUUCUCUCUAUUGAUUUCCUGAAAACCGCGUUAUUGUGAUGUUUUUUUAAACAAAAACAUGAUUAAUAGUGCAUCGUACUUACACUAAAUUGUAAAAAUUCGUUCGUGUUUCAGUUGUUUCUUAUUUGAAUGAAUCGUGCGUGAUUUUGAGCGACUCUUUUGGAUUUUUUUCGGACAUCUAUUGAGCCUCAAACAAUGUCACUCAGAAACAGCAUCUAACUCGAACGAACGACUUAAAAUGAACGCGCCCUAACCGCACGGAGCUGGUGCCCGAAAUAGCGCGUUCAGAAAUAGAAAAAAAAUGGCCUCAGUCGGUGGCGGGAAAGCGACGGGCGAGGAUCGCUCGUGGUGGGGAACAACAUGGAGCGCCAUGUCUGACCUCGCGGAAGCGGUAGACGACCUGAUAUGCAGCUUCGAUUAUAUGGACACAGCCAUGGACAACCUCGUCAUGCUUAUAUUCAUCUGGCUCCUCUUCUCUAUAGUCCUUCUAGGAAUCGCCAAAUGGGCGUACGGCCGGUUUAAGCCUAAGCCUGUUGAGCCUGAGAAGAAGGAAGAACCUAAAGUGGUUAAAUCUGCUGCUAGUGAGAUUGUUAACAGCGCUGAUGUGGCUUUGGCUGCUACGGCAAAAGUGAAGAGUGCAACUUUGAAUUCUUUCAAGCCGAAGCCUAGUGGAUUUGUGCCAGCGACGCCUCCUAACAAGCGACGUUUAGGACGCAUGUCCCCCGGCCCUGAGGCUCUGCACAAAAAGCACCAGAGCGUCAUAAUACCGACGUGCACAGGGCCGGAUCCGCCGAGCGUGCAAUGGGUGAACGACUUGUUGACGUGGUUAUAUAAUGAUCUGGUUAUUGUGAACGAACUUGUGCAGCAAUGGAUUGUGUCCAUGAACGAGUUUUCGAAGAAGUCCGUGGAGGAGCAAGGCAUCGGAGUGGAGCUGGUCCGCGCGCUGGACAGCAACCCUCCCAACGUUUCGAACGUGUUCUGCGAGUGUGACUCCAAGGAUGACGUGACCAUCACUUGUGACUGCGAGGCCACGCCUGCCUUCCAACUCAAAGCCUUCAGCCAACGUGGGGAAAAGGUGGAAGUGUCACACUACAGAGUCAAUGUCAACAGGUUCCGUGCUCGUCUCAACGUAGUGUGCAUAACGGAGAAGUUGACGGGAGAACUGCGGUGCGACGGCUGGCCCGAGGUCAAAGUGGCCUUGGCACCUGUUGGACCUCUGAAGACCUCCUCCAACGAGGCUAACUUACAGCAACUAGUCAGUGAUAUCGUGGUGAAUGCGCUCCGAAGCACGCAGCUCUCGUUCAAUUUGUCGCAUUACCCCACGUGUCCAAGAUUGAGAAGACAUUUUAACACUUCUCCACGGUUACCCCUUCACUAUGACUCCAUGUUGUCCCACGACCGGAUGUACGCUUCAACUCCGACGUCAGCGUCCAUGUCCAACGUGCAUCUCGGCGAGAAAAGGCUACUCGUCAAGGUCGUCGGGGCUAAGGACUUGGGAGGCAAGGCGGGCUGCGGUGCUCCAUACUGUGUGGUGGAGAUGGACGAGCCCCCACAGAAGAAUCAGACCGCCUUCAAGAAGGACACCAACCAGCCGCAGUGGGAGGAACAUUUCCUAUUCGAUCUCUCCCCGCAAACCGCGGAGCUGUUAUUCGAGGUGUACGACCGCACGGGCCCCCCUUCCCCCGGCGGAGGCCCAUCCACACACAGAUUCCUUGGACUGGGUCUGGUGGGCAUAGACGAAUUGCUGGCGGCGCCUUCGCAACGCCAACAGAUCGCAUUGCAGACGCGUCCUAUGGAGGAGCAUGAUAUCUCUGGCACACUUACAGUAGAGUUCCUAUUCAUCGAGGGUGCCGACAUACCAGACCUGGGCUCCCGGCCUGUCAAGAUCAAGGAAUCGCUGAGAACGCUGUCACCGCAGGGACAUCUCACCACUACCACCAAGACGAUAUUUAAACAAAAUGGCCACGAGAACUCAGCACUGACAGAAUCGGCGCUCCGAGAGUUGGAGCUGAGUCCCACCAGCGCAGCCAACAAGUCCACCCUCAUCAUACACUCCGUACAACGGGAGCCAAAGAAGUCAAUCAAGGUGGAACUAACCGAUUCGGGAAAAUUCAUCGAAGUGGAACGAGAAGAUACCCUCAACAGCGUGGAUCCUGCAGAGCUCAGCACUACGAUGGAGAGCAUAGACGAGAACAGAACGGAACAGCAUGUGUCUCCGAACUCGUCGCCGGCGAGGCAAGUCCGGAUCAAGGAGAAUGGCACGAAUGGGACGGAGCAAGGAGACUACGUUCAGAAACCCGAGAAGAGGCACCUCCAGAGCCCGCUCCGCGGCAGAAGAGGAGACGAGACUUCUUCGGAACCAUUAAAAGAAGGCUGGGCCGGUCUCGAACGCGCGGCACAUCGCUGGACCUGCCAAGUGACAGCGACGUUGACCAGAGUCGGGUUCGCAGCAUCAGCGCUGAGAGAAACCACCAAGAUAAAGCCCUAUCCGUUCCCAAUAGAAACGUGUACUCUGCGGGGGCGUCCCCCGCGCAAUCUGGAGACGAGUCGAGGACGUCUAGAAGGUACGUGCACCAUCCUAUCCUCCCUCAGUGAAAUGUCCGGGUUCAGUACGGCGUCGGCGCGCACGUUCGUGCACGAGGCGUCGACUCUGGUGCUAGAGACGCUGGAGGCUGGUAUCAGGAAGCAUUACCUUGUGCCCCUGGCGGUGGCCCAGCGGUCGCGGUGGCGGCGGAAGGGCGUGAAACUGCACAUUUAUAAUGAACACACGUUCAUCGCUAAACAUUUGAGCGGCGGCACAGUGUGUGAAAUCUGCCAGAAGACAAUCGCGCGGCGGCUCGGUAAGCAAGGCUACGAGUGUCGCGACUGCGCCCUCAAGUGCCACAAGCACUGCCACGUGAAGGCCGCCACGGCCUGCCCUUCGUCCUCAGUACAGAAUAUGGAGCUAUCCAUGCUCCCUGUGCUAAACGAAUAGAGCCGCGAGAAGACUGCAAGAAAAGAAAAUUUUAUAUACCGAGCGAUUUCCACUAAGGGCUUACAUCUCAUCUCCGUACACAGACAAGAAUAUAAGGAUGUUGUGAUUUUUCUGACUUUAAUAAGACGCUUCGAUGCACAAAGCAUAAAGUUUUACCAACUAAAUAUUUUGAAAUAUCUUUUUUAAACUUGUCGACGUAUAUCAAUAAAUGUAAUUACAUACGCGAAAUCAUAAGAUGGUUUUUUUUUGUUAAUACAAUCCCACGUGUGUCACUUUAAGAUUUUUUAUAACUUAUAAAUGAUUUCUAAGUUAAAAGAUUUAUAAAUGUACUGAUAAUAAAAUCGUUAAUAUUAAGUAAAUGUGCCGAAAGAAAAUAAUAUGGCAUUAACUUUUUAUUAAGCAGAAACGUCUGCUAACGAUUCUAAACAUGCAUUGGUAAGAGCAUUGCACGGAUUGCAAAAAUGGUGCGGGUUCAAGUCCCGCCGGAAGCGUAAAUUUUUCCAUUUUUUCCUUUAAUAUAAAAAUAUGGCAUUAUUUAAAAUAAUUAUGAUAUUUCACUGAUUUUUACAUAUCCAAUGUAUUUUUUUUCUGUACAUUCAUCUCGACAAGUUUAAAACGGAUUAUAAAACCACAAAUCUCUCUAAGUACAACACUUAUGUACGCUUCUGUACUUUGUAUAUGUAUAGGCUUUUUUACAAAUAUAUUUACAAUAAUGUUAUAACUAGUUUAUAAGAUAGUCGUUCUGACUGGAAGGGUAACGUACUGUGUCAUAGCGAACCAACCUUUUCCGAAAUAAGUGUUAAAUUAAAAUAUAACGUUAACCAUAUUGAUACCAGCUUUCUUUGGUAACAUUAGAAUUAGUUUAGGUAUCGCUAGAGCCCACCCAGCUUUGAAAAUAAACAAAAUACUUAACUCAGACGGUUGGUCACUUAACCGUUUCUGUUCGGAUGACACGAGAGGCGUGUCAUCAAGGCUUUUUACGUGUGGCGUAUGACACGCGAGGAGUGUAAUUUUAAAAUUGACUAAAGUUGUUCGCAGUCACAGCGUAAACUUUUCGAAAAUGGAGUUUUGCUACCGAUUCGAAAAUAACGAAUAUAAUAGAAACUAACUAGUCACACGCAGUUAGACAUCGAAACACAACUAAAAAAAUCGAAAUAAGUUAUUGUCAACCGUCUGAGUUAUCUAAACCUAUACCUACCUGGUUGAGUGUAAACGAAUUAAAUUAUAAUCGUUAUAACACAGAGUGUCAUAAUGAUUUGAAAAAAAAAACUUAAAUACCAUUAACCCUUAAAUGUCGAUAGAGUCAAAAUGCAUAAUGCAUAUAUACAUCACUAUGCAUUUAAGGGUUAACUUAUUAGAUUCUUAUUAUGGUGAUAUAUGUCUAUUCCGAUUCGUAUUUUCGAUUUAAUUUUGUAUAACACUAAGUUUUUUUACAAGUAGUAAUAAUUUCUUUGGUUCUAGCCAAAUUAUUUCGUGCUGUUUAAUAGAAAAUACGAAUCGAAAAAGGUGUAGGCAUACCUGGUCCUAAAACUCAUUCAGAAAAGGACCCAUUUUAAAACCACCCGAAGUAAAUAAAAGAGAUCUUUAUCUCUGCCUCAAACCUAAAAAAAAAAAAUUAGUUACCAAAAUAUACAUCACAUUUUUGUUAAUUUAUGUUGUUAUCUAACUUAAAUAAGGUCCUGUGGAGGAAUUGUGACAAAUGGUAAAUUAAACCUUAUACUUAGUAAGCUAAGUGCUAUUCUGCACAAAUGUGAUCUGAUAUAUUAAUGUGCAAUAAUUAAAACUUAAAACAUUCACUUGCUUCGCUUUCAUCGUUACUUAACUACAAAGAACUCCAAAAACAAAAAGUGACUUAAGGACUUUUUGUUGAGUAUCAUUCAUCACACAGUAAAUAAGUUGAAAUAUUCCAAUUUAACUCGAAUAAUUUAAUUAAAAAGGUAUUUAAAAAGCUAACCAUGUCAAAGUAUCCAAACCUAAAAAUAAAUGCCAUGUCUUGUAUAAGACUGACUCGCACGCCUUUGCAAAUCUUAACUUUGUGCAAAAUUGAUUUCAACCGAAAUAACACUUUUAUUGACGACGAGUUUAGUGUUCAAAUAAAAAAAAACCUUCGACAUGGUUAAAGUAGCUUUUAGACCUUUAGAAUCUCAAAUCCCAAGUGACUUAAUUCCAUUGUUAAGAGAGGUUGACA